AUGGCUGCCACGGAGGAGAUCGUCUUGGCGAAACACAGCAUCCAGCUCCUGUUGCUGCCUAUGGCACAUUUGGAUGAAGAUGGACAGGAACGUUUCCUCCACCAAGGUCGCUGUCGGACACACUGCCCCCGGGGACUCUAUCCUGACAGGGGUCACUAUGCCUGCCUGCCCUGCAUAGCCAAUUGCGAACUGUGCACAGAUGGUAACAUAUGUGCCAAAUGUCGGGAACACUACAAACUCCAGAAUGGAGUCUGCCAACCAGCAUCCUGUGACAUAGGACAGAUGCAGGACCCUGAUACAGGAGAGUGCAUUGACUGUGAGAUGGGAUGCAAAACGUGUUCCACAGAGGACCCUGAGAUCUGCAACAGCUGUGUUGAAGGUUACUUUCUUUUCAGACACCAGUGUCGCAGGCAUUGCCCGCAGAGCACCUAUGAGGACUGGGGCAGGGCUGUGUGCCUGUCCUGUCCAGCACCAUGCACAGACUGCAGGAGUGACAAACACUGCCUUGCCUGCCAGCCUGGUUACUUCCUCAAUGGAGGUGAGUGUAUUAAACUGUGCCCACAGCAGACAUUCAGUGACUCCAGUGGGUGGCGCUGCCAGCCAUGCUACAGCUCAUGCCAGACAUGCCAUGGGCCUCAUUCAACAGACUGUGACCUCUGCCUUGGUGGGAACCCUCCUCUACAUGGGCAGUGCCCUCUGGUUAACUGCCCACUGGGACAGUACUAUGACGGGAAAUAUGGUGAAUGUCACACAUGUGAUGCAUCCUGUAAGACCUGCUUUGGGCCUCAAGGACUGGAUUGUUCUUCUUGUUUUAAAGGAUAUUUCCUGGACCAGGACAGUUCUUGUGUAGUGCAGUGUCCAUCCGGCUCCUAUGCAAACUCUGCCACUCAGUUGUGUGAGAACUGUUCGCCAAACUGUGAGGCCUGCGUGGACACCAGUGAUAACUGCAUCAGCUGUUCCAAAAGCAGCUAUGAACUUUUUCUCCACCAGGGGCGGUGCUGGUCAAAUUGCCCAGAAGGUUUCUUUGAGACAAUAGAGGGGUCAUGUGAAGCCUGUGAUAGCUCCUGUCUGACAUGUGAUGGGAUGAAGUCCCAGUGUCUAUCCUGUGCUGAUGGCCACUAUCUAGAGAGUGGUACAUGUAGACUCAACUGUUCACUGCGGACAUACCCUGCAGAUGAUGGUACCUGCAGACGCUGCCCCCUCCACUGUGAUGUUUGCUCAGACGAAAGAACCUGUUUCAAAUGCAGUUUCCUCUACCUGAUGCUGAACGGUGUGUGUAAGGCUAGUUGUCCCAUGGGCUAUUAUGAGGACAUGGAGGAGGGCCGCUGUGGUCAGUGCCACCCUACCUGUGUCAGCUGUUCAGGGCCCCUGGCAGAUGACUGUGAAACCUGCUCGACAUUUAGCCCUAAACUCUAUAAGGGUACAUGCUCCAAAGACUGCCCUACCGGUACCUACUAUGAAACUGAAGCUACGGAGUGUCAAGAAUGCCACCAAACAUGUAUGAGCUGCUCUGGGCCAGAUGCAAACCAGUGCACGCAGUGCGAGAAGGGACUCGUGCUGGAUCCAAACACACUGCUGUGUGGUGUGACAGGCGACACAGACUGCCCACCAAGGACCUACCUACACGACGACCAGUUCACCUGCAUGGGUUGCCACCGGCACUGUUACUCCUGCGAGGGGCCGGGAAGCGAUGAAUGCCAGACCUGUGCCUUGCCCAAAUAUCUUCACAACAGCACUUGUGUGAGUGAGUGUCCGGCUGGUACAUACAACACAAGGCAGGGGGCUGACGGAACAGAGCUGGGAUUCUGUUUGCUUUGUGACCACGCCUGUGCCACCUGCACAGGAGCAUCGCCUAGAGACUGCCUCACUUGUUCUCCUGGACAUCUGCGCCUCCUUCAGCUCUGCGUCACGCAUUGUCCUAAAGGUUAUUACAGAGAGGGCUCCCACUGUGAGAAAUGUGACCAGUCCUGUGAGCUGUGUACAGGACCAGGACCUGAGUCCUGCAGGGCCUGUUCGCCUCCUCUUCUGGAGCUGCAAGGCACAAAGCUGUGUGUUGAGCGCUGCCCACACCGCUUCUAUCAACUCAAUGGCAUCUGCAAACAGUGUCACACCAGUUGUCAGACCUGCACAGAUUCCUCGCCUCAGGGCUGUGUGAUGUGUGACUGGGGAAGCACUCUAAAGGAUAGAGUCUGCUAUCCGCGUUGUGAGGAGGGGCAAUACUUUUCAGUUGAGGAAACCUGUGAGCCAUGUGACAGCUCGUGUAGGCAUUGCACCGGCCCCAGACCCAACCAGUGUCUGACCUGUCACCGGGAUUCUGCUCUCCAUGCUGUGGAGAACCGGUGUGCCCGCUGCUGUCAGGCUGGAGGGAAUGACACAGAUUGCUGUGUUUGUGAUAACCGCUCAGCUCUGUGUGUGGAGGCCCCCCAACACAAGUCAGAAGGCGAUCAGGUAGCAGACCUGAAUAUGUCAUCUACAGCACUGAAGCACACCUCUGCUGCCUUACCUAUUGUCCUGCUGCUUGCACUGGGAUUGGCUCUGGCUGUGUUUGCCUUGGUCAAGGCCCACGCCAGGAAGAGGCUUUGCUGGAGCCAGAGCUAUGAGAGACUGAGUGGCAGCGCCAGCAUCAGCAUGCCUCACGGUGUGCCUGAGCCGGACAGUGGAGACGAGGUGGAUGUGGUGUACACCAGCAGAGGCGGAUCGGUGUAUCGCCGCUACAGUUUUAUCCAUGAGCAGGACGCAGAUGCAGACCAGGAUGUGGAUGAGAGUACAUGUCUCAAUCAAUCUUAGAUUCAUACAGACAAGCGCUUUCAGUAACUGAGGAAUGUAUCAUGGAUGCUCCCGAAAUCCAGACUCACAGAUGAAUUCCAAAUAGUGUUUAGAUGAGAAUCUAGUGGGGUUUUUUCCUUUAGUUCUUAUUCCUUUUCGUCCGUGCUAUUACUUCUACAAAGUGCCUGUAUCUGUAUAAUGCACAUUCUUAGAUGAGCCAUUUGAGAAUAAACAGUGAAAAAAUACAUAUAUAUGUGUAUAUGUAUGUAUAUUCCAUAUUCUUUUUUU